GUGUGAGGAUGCGCGUGCGUACUGGUGAACUUGGGCUGUUCAGGAAAACCAACCGAGCCCUUUUCGGCAGCCGUUUGGGAGGUGCGGUGCGCGAGCCAACCGGGGUUCCUAUGCCCUAACGGUGCUGUUUAGGCGACUGGAGGAAGGGCCACUUCAUGCCAGGGCCGCGAGGCCCGAGCGUUCGGCCUCUUCCUCCUGCUCCCGUCACCUUCGCCGCCGCCCUGGUGCUUCUCUGGCUGCUUCUGCCGCUCUGCGUUCCCCAGAGGGGGGCAGCGGCGUUUUCGGAUGGGGACAGCCAGCCCGGAUUAGGACUCAGUGGAGCUGCCGCUGCCGCGCUCCCUCUGGUAGCCGAUGUGACGGUGGAGGACGAUGAGGUCGGUGGGAUGGCCCCGGCGGCGUCCUCCGGGGAGCUGGAGGAGGAAGCGGUGGAAACACCAGCCCGGAGCAGCAGCAGCAGCUUCAGAUCAUUAAUAAUUAUAAGUACGUUGGAUGGACGGAUUGCUGCUUUAGACCCAGAGAACAGUGGUAGAAAACAGUGGGAUCUGGAUGUGGGAUCAGGUUCUCUUGUCUCAUCUAGCCUCAGUAAACCAGAGGUAUUUGGAAAUAAGAUGAUAAUUCCCUCCUUGGAUGGAGACCUUUUCCAAUGGGAUCGUGACAGAGAAAGCAUGGAAGCUGUGCCUUUCACUGUUGAAUCUCUUCUUGAAUCAUCUUACAAACUUGGAGAUGAUGUUGUUCUGGUUGGAGGAAAGUCCUUGACAACAUAUGGGCUGAGCUCAUAUUCAGGAAAGGUGAAGUACAUAUGUUCAGCAAUGGGCUGUCGCCGCUGGGAUGACGAUGAGAUGGAACAGGAAGAUAUUCUUCUUCUACAUCGAACUCAGAAAACUGUUCGUGCUGUUGGGCCCCGCAGCGGCAACGAGAAGUGGAAUUUUAGUGUGGGUCACUUUGAACUGCGCUAUGUUCCAGACACUGAAAAGAGAAUGGGAUUUAUUGAAGGCAAUUUAAAACCAAAUCUAAACAAAGAAGAUUCUAAAAUCAUUUCGGAUGUGGAAGAGCAGGAGGCUGUAAUGAAGGAUACUGUGAUAAAGGUCUCAGUAGCUGACUGGAAGGUUAUGGCAUUUAAUAAGCAAGGAGGACAUCUGGAAUGGGAAUACCAGUUCUGCACACCUGUUGCUUCUGCCUGGCUGGUUAAAGAUGGUAAGGUAAUUCCAAUCAGCCUCUUUGAUGAUACAAGCUACACUGCCAAUAAUGGUAUCUUAGAAGAUGAAGAGGACCUUGUGGAAGCUGCCCGAGGAGCUACAGAGUCCAGUGUCUAUUUAGGAAUGUACAGAGGCCAGCUGUAUCUUCAAUCAUCAGUCAGAAUUUCUGAUAAGUUUCCAACCAACCCUAAGGCUCUGGAGACCAGGAAUGAUAAUGCAGUUAUCCCUUUGCCUGUAAUCAAGUGGAAACCAUUGAUUCAUUCUCCUUCUAGAACUCCUGUGCUGGUGGGAUCGGAUGAGUUUGAUAAAUGUCUCAGCAAUGACAAGUUUUCUCAUGAAGAGUACAGUAAUGGUGCCCUUUCAGUCCUGCAGUAUCCCUACGACAAUGGUUAUUUUUUGCCCUACUACACGCGAGAGAGGAACAGACGAAGCACUCAGAUCACUGUCAGAUUUUCUGACAACAUGAACUAUAAGAAUAUCCGCAAAAAAGAUCCAGUUCUACUUCUACAUUGGUGGAAAGAAAUCAUUAGCACCAUCAUACUCUGUAUUGUGGCCACAACUGUUAUUGUACGGAGACUUUUCCAUCCCCAUGUUCGUAAUCGACAGCGGAAGGAGUCUGAAACUCAGUGUCAGACAGAUAGUAAAUAUGAACCUGUUGUUGGGCAGGCUAAAGAUAACAGCUGGACUGACUUUAAGAACUCUGGAUAUGUGUCAAGAUAUCUAACAGAUUUUGAGCCAAUUCAGUGUCUAGGUCGUGGAGGAUUUGGAGUAGUCUUUGAAGCCAGAAACAAAGUAGAUGACUGUAACUAUGCUAUUAAAAGAAUUCGUCUACCAAAUAGGGAAUUGGCUCGUGAAAAGGUUAUGCGUGAAGUUAAAGCAUUAGCAAAACUUGAACACCCUUGUAUUGUUCGGUAUUUCAAUGCGUGGCUGGAAGCACCACCUGAGAGCUGGCAGGAAAGAAUGGAUGAACUGUGGCUAAAAGAUGAAAGUACUGAUUGGCCACUCAGUUCUCAUAGUCCAAUGGAAGUGCCGUCAUUUAAAAUUAGAACUGAGCCAUUCUCUGCAAAAGAACACAUUGAAGUUAUUGCUACAUCUGUAGAAAGGAAGACCUUGCAUUCUGUUGGAAUACCUUGUGGCCAAUCGGAUUCAUCAGAGAGCCAGUUUUCCCCAUUGGAAUUGUCUGCCAUUGACAACAGAGACUUGAGCCAGUUGGCAGAUCCCGGGUCAAACAUGCAAGACAGCUUCCUUACCGACUGUGAUAUAGAGGGUAGUACUAUUGAUGAAAAUGAUCCUGGACACUCCUUUGAACUUUGUCUUCCAGCCAUGCCAACAGUAAGAGUGAGGGAGAGGACCUCUUCAUCUAUUGUCUUUGAAGACUCUGGCUGUGAUAAUACUUCUAAUAAAGAAGAUAACAUGGAUAAUUCACUUGAUAUCCACUAUGAGGAUAAAGCUACAAGUACAAAAGGAUCCAGUAAUAGGAAGUCAUCUUCAGCAAGCUCUUCGUCUGUUUCUCCGCCAAGACCAACAACUUUAAGUUUGGACUUCUCUAAGGACUCUGCACAGAAAGUCAUACCUACCACUCCAAAAGUGUACCUUUACAUCCAGAUGCAGCUCUGUAGGAAGGAAAACCUCAAAGACUGGAUGAACGGAAGAUGUACAAUAGAAGAGAGAGAGAGGACAGAUUGUCUGCUGAUAUUUCUACAGAUAACUGAAGCUGUUCAGUUCCUGCAUAGUAAAGGGUUAAUGCAUCGGGACCUCAAGCCUUCCAACAUAUUUUUCACAAUGGAUGACAUAGUAAAAGUUGGGGAUUUCGGGCUAGUGACUGCAAUGGACCAAGAUGAGGAAGAAAAAUCUGUUCUAACACCAAUGCCAGCCUAUGACAGGCACACGGGCCAAGUUGGGACCAAGCUCUACAUGAGCCCAGAACAGAUCUACGGAAACACUUACUCACACAAAGUGGAUAUCUUUUCUUUGGGGCUGAUCUUGUUUGAGCUCCUUUACCCUUUCAGCACUCAAAUGGAGAGAGUCAGGACAUUGAGUGAUGUAAGGAGUUUGACUUUCCCUGCACUUUUCAUUCAGAAAUACCCACAGGAGUAUGAAAUGGUAAAGCACAUGUUGUCUCCAUGUCCCAUGGAAAGACCAGAGGCUGCAGACAUUAUAGAAAAUCCUUUAUUUGAAGACUUGGAAUUCCCAGCAAAACCUGUGCUCAGGCAGAGGUCACGGACAAUGAGUUCAUCUGGAAUUAAGCAUUCAAGAUAGCUAAGUAAACAAUUUGGCACAAUUAUUAUGAGCACACUAAACCAAUCACAGAUUGGUCACUCGGCAGGAGAAUCCAACAUCAAGCAACUUCUCUGGAAUAGCCAUACUCUACGCUUUAUUUUCUCAUUUCAGUUUCAUGCACAAAAUUAUUUCUGGAUGAAGCUAAUAGUUUCUGUUUAAUUUUUUCAGUUCUCCUGAAGCAGAUGACUUUCACCUCAUAACUUGGCCUUCUUUAGCUGUGAUCUUUGAUGUUUGGAUCAUGUAAAUAUUUUCUAGGAAAUUUGAAAGGAUGCCUCUUAUGUAAAUAGAAUUAAAUUCUGUAUUUUUAUAGAACCAAUUGAUCUCUAACCUUGCUAUACAGGUCCUGAUUACAUUCCUUUAAGACAUGAAGAUCUUAAAGCAAGCUUAAAAUAUAAAACCUCUACUUUUUUUGUCCCUGGAGGAUGACUUGCAAAGUGAGAAUAGUUUUACUGUCACUAGCCAGUUUUAGAGCAAAUUGUAAUUUGUUUCUACACUGUAGAUGUUGUUGAAAAAACUUUAGAUGAAGAUGGAAGAAGAUUUGGCAAAAUAAAUUUUGGUUGGAUCCAGGUUUGAAUUGCCACAAUAACAAAUUAAGCAUUUAUCCAAUUUUUGUAUUUCCUGAAAUGUAGUUUCUACUGUAAUCUUGCAAGCUUGUAAUAAUCAGUCUUACACAUUUAUUUAAUAGGAUGUUAUUGCUUAAUAACACCCUUUUCUCACUGUAAAUAUGUUAAUUUUUAUUUAUAAAAUGGCAAAAUCAAUCCAUUUGGGUUGGUGGUGUACAGAAUGCACUUGGAACAAUUGUUAGGUGCAUUUAAUUACUGUGACUUCUUUCAAGUCUGAUUUAAUAAAAUCUUUUUUAUUUA